GUCUCUGAAUCGAAACUCUCUCUCUCUCUCUGUUAAUUUACGUUUUCCUUAAACAAGUUUAGUAUAAAGGCAGUAUUUUUUUUUUUAAUUCCGUCCAUUUGGUUUGGCUUUCUAACUGUUCGAUUGUUAUAUGUCUAUAUUCGUCGAAUGGAAUCAUGAGAGAAGAGAAUGUAAUUGCCUGCUAAUACUUUUUAAGUUUCAGCCUUUCAUAACAAUGUUGAAUUCUUGUUUGUUUGGGUAGUUGGAUAUUGUCCUUGUAUAAGUUGAAUUUCCUUUGGAUGUUAAGAAUUUGAAGUUAAAUUUCAGUGUUAUGGUUACAUGUAUCUGGUCAACUGUCUAUGUAUAUAUUUGUCUAGUUGAUCAGUUUUAUCUAGUUUUUGCUGUGAAUGAUUUCAGAGAGGCUAUCUAGCAUUUUAGGCAUUUUUUUUUUUUGGUUAUAGGUUUCUGUACUAAAACGGUAAUUAGACUCGUUGAUAAUCCGCCAUUUCCUUUUGAUAAAAAAAAAAAAAAAAAAUCUGCCAUUUCGUUUUGGUGAAAACAUCAGAGGUCAAUUUGGUGGUGAAAUAUAUAUGAGCUUCAUCAUCUAUUCAUCCGUCAUUCAAUGUUUUGGAUCUUGCUUUGAUCCCAAUGGCGAUCUUCAGUCCAUUUAUGGUAUACAUUAUUAACCUGGAGCAAAACAUCUUUACAUGAACAUUCUGUUUUACUCUUUCAGAAAUUAUUAGGCAAGCAAUCAUUGAAAAUGGAAUAUUUAGUAAUUUAGAUGUAAAUCUAUUUCAAAUAUAAACUCUCAGCAUGGUAUUCAGAUUAACUUUGAACCCAAAUGCUAUAUGUUCAAAUUUUUUUUUUUAAUUUUUACUAUUCACCUAAUAUCUUUCCAGAACUCCAUUUUUUUUUUCUCAGUUCUCAAUUCUCCAAAAUAUAUAUGUCUAGUUAGAGAAAUACAGCAGCAAUUUGCUACUUCUCUUUGAUUUUCCUUUUUUCUUUUUCAUACUUUGUAUUAAAUUCUAGGCUAUUGGUACGCUAUCCUGCCCACCAUCAAAGAACAAUAAAUGUGAAAUUCUGGACGUUCUUGUUUUUUUUUUUUUUUUAGCAAAUAUAUUGGGUCUUGAAAAUAUUCUUGAAUUUUCCUUUGGAUGUUCAUGUUCUUAUCUGGGAUUUCUUGAAAGUGAAAGGUGGUUCAUGUUCUUGAAUAGAUGUUAUGCUCAUAAAAUUUUUCAUUGAUAUGUGAAAAUUCCUGAAUUUUUAGUGUUGUCGUCAAUCUCUCGAUCUAUUCUUUCUAUUUUCUAAUUUUUUUGUAAGUUUGUGUAAGGGUAUUGUUGGAAUAAGAUUUUUCAAAAAAAAAAAAAAAGGUGGUGUAUUAAGAAAUUUGAGGUGUGUAAACAAAAGAAAAGAAAAGAAAAGAAAAGAAAAAAAGAAAAAAGGUAGAGAAAGGGUAAACAAUCAGAGAAAAAAGACAACAGAAAAAAAAAAAGGAAGAAAGAAAAUAAAUGAAAUGACAGUACUUCGAACAGAGGAGCUCAAGUACAUUAUAGACUCGUCAAGGGUUCCUGGCGAAGAUGAAAAGUACAGUAAAGCUGGUUGAAAAGUACUCCGAAAAAACUUCCCAUCUUUUUUCAGUCUUUGCAUGUUUGAAUUGGGUCGUCGAAAGUCAUUGACUUGACCGUGUUGAGAAACCCAAAAGCUCCCCAGUGCCGGUGUUUCAGUUCCCUUAAUUGGGUUGGUGUUUACCUAAGAAGAGCCACAUUCUAUCUGUUGUCUAUAAGAGAGAGGCUAUCGUUCUGCUGCUGGGUUCUGGUUCUUCAAUACCCAUUUCUAUUAAUCAAUGGUUGAACCAAAUAGCAAGGGUGGUUCCCACUUGAGCAAAAGAAAGAAGAAAGAUGUUGCUGGCAACAUGAUGGACAGAAUCAGUGGAUUGCCGGAUGAAAUUCUUGUGAGUAUACUGUCUCUGUUGCCCCUGAAGGAAGCACAAGCUACUAGUAUCCUUUCUAGGAGGUGGCAGUAUGUGUGGGCGUAUUGUACCACUCUCAACUUUGAUGAUGAGAAGAAUUUAGCCAGAUUGCGUCUGUAUGACAAACAAGCACUCGAAUUGGAAAUGUGUAGGUACGUCAAUUGGGUGGAUAGUGUGUUGAAACAGCAUAGAGCCUUAAACAUUGAGCGAUUCAGGGUUUAUUUUAAACUUGAUUCUAGAAGUUGUAUUGAUAAAUGGAUUCAAUUUGCAAUGAGGAAAGGAGUUCAAAUGCUUGAGUUGGACUUUGUAUAUUCUGGUUAUCUAUACCUUCCGAAACACAGAUUUAGUAACAAACUGUUAGGUAUCAGCGAAACCUCUGCUUUGAAGUCAUUGUGUUCUGAAUACAUUGGUUUUAAGUGCCUCAAAGUUCUUGAUCUGAAAACAGUUGAUGUGGACCAAGAAGUUCUUGAGUACUUAAUGUGUAACUGUCGAGUUCUUGAACGACUGUCCGUGUCUGAUUCUUCAACAUUGGUUAAUCUAAAAGUAACCGGUCAUUCUAUUGCAUUGAAGUACUUGGUGAUACGACGAUGUAAAAAUAUCAAAACCAUUGAGAUCUGUGAUGCAAACCUAGUUUCAUUUGUUUAUGAUGGAAAUGUGAGAAACUUGGUUCUUAUUAAUCUACCGCGUCUUGUUGAGGUUUCCCUUUCUGGAUGGUAUACACAUGAUUUCUUAGAGAUUGCCUUCUUUCACCUUUCCUGCUGUCUUUCUCAACUGGAGAUUCUCAAACUCGGUUAUAUGACUGCGUGGCAGAAAAUGGACCCUGUGAUUCCUUCAUUACCUAAUCUCAAGCAUUUGGAAUUAGUAUUUAAUGAAGAUGAAAACUGUGCUCUACUUCAUCUCGCUUCUUUCAUUAAGAAAUAUCCUUACUUGCACACACUUGUGUUGAAGUUAACUAGAUAUGGGAGUAAAAAAAGCCCCUUUGCCAAGAAGAGAGCCGCAAAAUGCUCCCAUGAUUGUCUAAAGGUGGUGGAAAUAGUAGGGUACACAGGCAUCAGCCGUGAUAUUGAACUUGUGGCGUACUUGACAAAAACUGCAACUAAUCUGGAGAAAAUUGUUUUUGAUCCUGUUGCUCGUCGGCGUCCAAGGCUCGACAGACUACAAGAUCAUUCUACAGUGAAGAACGAAGAAUUGUCAAGAGCUCAGGCUCGGCAGCUUAAAGAAAAAUUGCCUGCAACUCUAGAUGUUGUGUGCCUGUAGCCAGGGGCGGAUCCACUUGAGAGGCAGCCCAACCCAAAAUCCUUAAAAUAUUUUUGUUACUACAUGGAUGAGCAUCCACAAAUGUAGGUUUGGUUCAAUUGGCAAAGUGUAGUGUUGUUUUGCCUUUGUCUUCAGACUUUCCUUGGUUCGAAUCUCCCUAGAUGCAAACCUUGCCUUUGUAGGCUUUACUUUUUGCCUUUAUCUUCAGGCUUUACAGCCUUUACUUGGUUCAAAUCUCCUUGGAUGCAAAUCUUGCCUCUUUCCCCAUUAACUUCUCUCUUUUUUUCCCCUUUAGUUACAACAUUUCUGUAAGUAUAUCUUUAAUAUUUCUCACCCUUAAAGGCAAAUCUAAUCUUGCAUUGCCUGUAA